GUCAUUACUGCUGAACUUCCACCGACAGCCAUAUCUCAAGAAUUUCCAACUUCUUUUACAGCAGCAUCUAAUGUUAGUACAUCACAGCAGAAAUGGAUAAGAAGGCUCUAUGGAAGCAAGAGAGAGAGCUCCAGCGGUGGCAAUUAGGCCAUUUUGUUUGUUUUUAAUGAAUUACCUUUUUAUUUAUUUAUUUUUCCACUUUCUCAACUGUACUAGUCUCCAUGGUGUACAAUCUUUGUAUCUUAUAAUUUCUGAGAGGUAGGCAUGCCUAUUUUGGCAAUAUUGUCGGCACACAAAACUCUGGAAGUGCUGGAGAUGUUCUUUCAUUUAUACUGAUGAGAGUUAUUUUUAUUUCGUGCAAAUCAUUUAUGUUAAUCACUUUUAUAUUGUUAUAGAAGUUGCAACGUGUCUGCAUAACAUUAAAUUAUGUGAUGUCUGUGGCUUAUGGUUACUGGUUUGUGUGCAGUUUUGUCAAACCUGCACUAUUUUGUCUUACAGGUGACUGAAGAAGCCUUUUGCAAUUAAGUUGUGUAAUGAUCUUAAUAGUAAAUGGAUACAGGAAAGCCAUCUAUGCAAUUGUCGGGUGAUUAUUCCAUUAGUGAGUUUAGUUUAUGGUAGUAACUCUAUAAGUAGAUAGGCAGUUCUUCAUUCCCCUAAAACUUCAAAGAUUUAGACCCGGGUUUAUAAUUUUCCAGGCAUAACUUCUCUGGUGUACAGGAAAUAGUUUGCUGACUUGUACCCUUCUUUGCCUUGUCACGUGUUGUAGAUUUGUUCCUAACCAAGCUACUAUUGUUGCAGGUCAACUAGCUCAAGGGGCUUUAUUUGUGUUCUUAGCAAUGCUAUAAUUGGUGUGUGUGUAUGUUCUUAGCAAUGCUAUAAUUGUUUGUUCACUCGCUGAUUUCUUAGGUGCCUUAAUCAAAUCUUCCUUUUGAAAGGUCCAGCCUGCGUCUGGUUAUUUUUCAAUACUCUCUCUCUCUCUCUCUCGGUGGCUAAACAAUCGUUUAAUUAGGUAGGUAGGUGACAUGAUUGAGGAAACUGGUGCACAUUAUUGAGCAUUUUGAGAAUUCAUUUUGAUUUUUCUGGCAUCAGAUUCCAAAACAAGGGUGCAACCAGCAUCAAUUUAUGGAGAAUAAUUAUGCUCUCUCUCUCUCUCCAAUUAUUCAAAUCCAUCCAUCCAUCAAUCUAAUGUCCGAGACUUGAGGAAGAAGCUGCUACUUCCUAAUCUUCAAAGGAACCUUUUCUGGCUUCUGGAAGGAUUCCAUGUGAAGGGAAGAAUGGAGCAGGGAGCUAUUAUGCACAGGAGUAGCAGUGGGAGGUUCUCAUCAUAUGAGAGGCUGGUGGUGAUUGGCUUAGGCCUUCUUGCUGUGGUCUCACCUCUCUAUAUUGACCGGAGAACUGUGACUGAGCCAGAGCUUGAUGAGCAGCCCAUCAACAUUUCUUCAUAUUUGCCUCUGCUGCUGUGGCUACUGAUCAUGGUCAUCACUUUGUUGUGUUACUUGGAGCAGAGCUUUAUCAGGUUUGACCCUUGCUGGAUUUACAGGGUUGGUGGUUCUUCUGUAGGGAUUGUAGUCAUUCUCAUGCUUCUAGCAUUGAUCUUGAAGUGUAAAGCUUCUACAACAACUUCUACCAACAACUGGGGAGGAGACUGAAGCAAGCACACACAGACACAGACAUAGACAGAGAGAGCGAGAGUGAGAGCGAGAGCGACAGCGAGAGAGAGUCAACAGUCUAUGUAAUAGAUAUAAAUAAUGCAUACCAAGGUUGUGGAGCUCUACUUCGUGUUUUAAGAACCCCUGAGAAUUAUUUUCUCUGCUUUUAUUUAGGAUAUCUUGCAACAAAGAAUACAGCCUUUUAAUUCAAGUGAGUUUUUCUCACCUUCUUAUUUA